AUGAUAAGCGGAAAGGAUUGUUCCGAUUCAAAUCUGAUUACAUUCGAUGACAUAACAAUUGAAUCGUUAGCUGAAAUACCUUCUGAUUAUAUCGGUGUACAAUGGAAUAAUUUUCAUGUGAUGAAUCUGACUGCCUACCCACAUUAUAACACAAGUGGUUUCUACACAGCACUUCGAAGCGGAUAUAUUGCCUUCAAUAAAAAUGGAUUAACCAUGACGAUUAGUGCUAAUCCCCCAAAUGUAUUUAAUUUAUAUUCAUUUGUCGCUGCUUCUGGUUCCCAAAAUCAGUUAAGAUUAACAAUGAUUGGUCAGCGUUUAUCAAAACAAUUGUACGCUGCAACAUAUCCAUUAUAUACGAAAUGGCAACAAUUAAUCGAAUUAAACUAUUUGAAUAUUGAUACCAUCACACUUUCAACCGAUGGCUCAUCUGAGUUUGCAAUGGAUAAUUUAUGUAUUUCGACUUCAUCAUUAACAACAACCACCACCUCCACAACAGAAACAUAA